CUGCCAGAACAUGCACAGCAAAGGCGACAAACAAAGGCGACUUUGAGUUGUUAUCUACAUGAAAGGCAGGGUAUUGCAAGCAGAAUGUACACCGGCGGAAACAUCCUGUGAAAAAUAUGCCGCAAUGACUCUAUGAUGGCACUUGUUUUGAAGCGGGUGGCAUACCCGAACAGAGAAGGCACAGAGGUGCGAAAGAAGACGCGAUUGCAAGGCCAGGGUUUACGAACGUGAUAAGUCGCAUGCAUUCGUCUUCACUCACUGGAAGCACUGUAGAACCAAACAAGGCAUACGAACGCUUUUUCUUCAACGCCGAGACAGAAAAGACAGCAACUCUUACAACCAAAUAGGGCGACCCGAGAGUGAUCAGAAUGGACAAUGAGGAAGAGGCGCACCGCUUCUUGGCAGGGUAUGGCUGGCAAAGUGGCAGCGAGCCGCAUUUGGACAAUAGAGCGGUGCAUCCGCUUGCAGCAGUCACUGAGCCUCCUGUAUCCCCCCGAAGCGCUGCCGCCAAAUCUGCGCCCCCAAGACCAAGGAGUCGACAAGAAGCCCCGCCGACCCGAGCGCGGCGGUCGACGGCCCAGCUGACGCGGCAGCUGGAAAAGCUGACGGGCAGUUUCCGGACGCUUCCCGAUGGCGCGGGGGUGUCGGCAGUGGUCGAGAGGGACAAAGUGGAGCUGCUAGAGAGACAAGAGGACCGGAUCAGGAAGUUUAAUGCCCUUGGAGUGUUCAAGCCACACGUCAGCAUCGUGCGCGCCCGGGCCAUCUACCACGUGGAGCUCGCAAAGAGGCUGAAGAGCGCGACCCAUAGCAGUCACGCGACUCCGAAGCCGGAGCUCAAAACGGAAAAGCAGGCUUUCGUUGUGGCUCCACCUCCUCCUCCCCCGGGCCUACACAACAAACUCGACAGGAUCCUUAACGACGACACGCUGGGGUCACCCCAGAAUCAGACCAUCCGGCUGACGUCACAGCGCCGGCUCACGCGCCGCGCGACGAUGCGGCGGCUGACGCGGCGGAAGACGGUGCUGACGUCACAGCCGUCGAAGCUGGACCUGCUGACGCUGGAGAGGACGCGGGCGCUCGCGGAGAAGGUGCACGAGCAAACGGAGGAAGCUGCGCGGCGGGCCAAGGACGAAAUCGUGGCGCGGUUUCGUGCGCGCGUCCAAGCGACCGAGGGGGAGGUAUUGGCGCGCGUCGAAGCGACGCGGCUCGCGCGUUUCGCGCGCGGCUACUGCGCGGAGGCAGAAGAGGGUUUGGAAGGUUUGGACGGCGCGAGCGGGGCGAAGGAAGAGUCUGUUGGCGAGAAGGGUGUUCAGCAGACGGAAGGGUUAAGAAGGGGUUUUAAAGGGGAAGCCGGGUUACGAGGUUUAACAGGGAGUUUGCGAAGCGACGCGGAUGUGCUAACGGGUGCGUCUGCAGCGGGCGCAGAUCGAGAGACCGGAACGGAAAACGGAACGGAGAACGGAACGGAGCGGAAGAAAGCGGAGAAGAGUACAGGCGGGUCGGGGGCCAGAGGUCAAACUUACAGCUCUGAAAGAGCUCCUAGCCGCACGAUGUCGCGGCAGAAAAGCGGCUCGCGAGGGCGACAGGAAGAGGGGAGGGCAAGCUUGGGGCGUCGCUCUUCCGGAGGGGGAGAGUCUCUGCGUAUAGAUGUUGCUGCUGACCUCAUCGACCGCGCUGGAAAGCUGGCGAUAAAGGAGGAACAGGUGGCCGCGCUCCAGCGGAAUCGGAAGGAAACGGAAGCCGGAACGAGCGGAAGGCAACCGCCGUGCUAUCGAACUCGCACCGCACAGGGCUGGGCGGCCUUGGAGAGCAGCCUCUCGUCCGCACGUCUGACCUUCGCACCGGAAACCAAUGCCGCCGAAUACUCGGAGCAACCGGAAUCCGUUCCUUCUGCUGUUGAACUCAGCGGAAUCGACAGCGAGGAACUUCUGCCUGACGGCUCCGAAUUCGGGGAGUAUCUUGCGGACUCUGAAGACGAUGUCUUUACGGGAACCUCGGAAGGGGAGCCCUUUCCGGCGGUGCCAGAGCGGAACGACGGUUCUGUCGAGGAGCUGGAAGCGGAACCGUCCGGUCCAGAACGCCCGGACUGGGAGAGCGUUGCAGAGAUGCUCCAGGCGCGGCUGGAGAGGGUUUGGGCUGUCUUGGAGACGCCGACGUCAGCAAAGGUGGACAUGGUAAUAAAAUAUACGUCACGGGGGAACACGUGUCUGCUGGAGGGCGCCCUGCAGUGCUGGGAGCGCGCGGCGGCCGCGGUGCUCGCGCACGAGCGCGCGCAAGAGGAGUGGGGUUGCGCCAACUCUACCGCUUUCCAACCACUCCAAGGGACUUCCCAACUUCAGCUCUUGGAAGAGCAAAUGCGGUUAGAUCAGGCUGUCCUAGAGAGCGCUACGAGUGUGAAUGCGCUCAUCAAAGCACUGAAGGACGAUUUCGGGGACGAGCUCCUUUUCCGCGGUCUGCCCUACGGAACAAGACUGCGUGAGGUGCCAGGCGUUGAGAAGGCUCUUAACGGACUGCUGAAACGCAGGGACGAAGUUGGAACUGCUUGUGCUCAUUGACGUACGUCUGUUGCUGCGCGGCCCGGUAAACGACAGGAUGGGUUCGAUCUGUCGCAUGGCACGACUGCAUAAGUACUGUUUGAUAAAGUAGGAAAAACGGAAUGACGCGGGAAUGUUUCUUGUGUCGAACCAAGAGCGUCCACAGCUCUUGGAAGGUUGGGCGGCAUAAUUUAGAGCAUCCUGAGUAUGCGUGCAACUUUGAUCAGCAAGCCGCUUUUUACAUCGAUCCAAGAUGAG